AGUCCAAACCCUUUCCCUAAACGAAACGAAAAGAAAAGAAAAGGAAAUGACGGAAAAUGGAAAAAUAUAGAAAACCCCCCAAAAAAUGCAAUGCGUGUUUGAGCAGCCUAAACCCUGCAAAUCCAAGCUUCAAACUUUUAUACACUCAUAAACCCUAAAUUACAUCUCCAAACCCAUUUUUUUCAAGUAGCUUAGUUCUUUCAAUUAUUCAACUUCUUCAUUCUCCACUAAUCAACAAAUUGAACUUUAUCAAGAAAAAAACUUCCCCAAUAUGUCAUGCUAUUACAAUGGUGCUCACUGAAUUUCAUCUCAUAUAUUUUCAGCAAUGUUAUAUUUUCUUCGCAAUUUUUGUGGCGUUGUUGCUCGCAGAAAUUCCCUUUGCAGUCGCGUAGGUGCGUCUAUUGUUGCCCCUUUACCUCCUAAUAAUAUGCCCUUUUCAUUUCAGUGCAAUUUGAUGAUCUGGGUGACUGGUUUUUUGUUUAUUUUUAGAUACCCUUUUAGCAGUAAAGUAAAGUCUGAUUGUUUUAAUGACUUUUUGGAUAGAGAUUCCAUGAAAAGAUUAGUUCUUGAAGAGAGGUGGAAUGAUGCUAGGAUUGAGAGUUUGUUUAAUUCUUCUGUCUUAGCUCCAAUUUUGGUGUCAAGGGUUUUACAUGUAUUGAAAGAAGAACCUAAACUAGUGCUGAAAUUUUUUAGGUGGGCGAAAAUGCGUAUGGGGUUUAGACAUUCUACUGAAUCUUACUGUAUAGUGAUUCACAUUUUGUUCUAUAGUAGAAUGUAUUAUGAUGCUCACCAAUUGUUUAAGGAAAUGAUUUUGUCGGCCACUCCGUGGCCUGGUUCGGAUUUGUUUGAUGCGUUGUGGAUGACGAGGAAUGUCUGUGUGACGGGUUAUGGAGUAUUUGAUGCAUUUUUUAGUGUGUUGGUUGAAUUAGGUAUGCUUGAAGAGGCAAGCCAGUGUUUUGAAAGGAUGAAGAAAUGUAGGGUCCUCCCAAGGGUGCGUUCGUGUAAUAACCUUCUACGAAGGCUUUGUGAGUCGGGGAGAGGUGAAAUGUCAAGGAAGAUCUUUAGUGAUAUGGUUGGGGUUGGGAUGUCCCCAUCAGUGUUUUCCUAUAACAUUAUCAUAUAUGAUAGAUGCAAGGAAAGGGAUUUGGUUGGAGCAAUGGCAUUGUUCAAUCAGAUGAAAGGGUGUGGCUUAAUACCAGAUAUUGUUACAUAUAAUACGCUGAUAGAUGGGCAUGGAAAGCUUGGUUUGUUAAAUGAAACGAUAAAUAUAUAUGUGGAGAUGAGGGAAGCGGGCUGUAGUCCUGAUAUUAUAACGUAUAAUACCCUGAUUAAUUGUUUUUGUAAAUAUGAAAAGUUGCCUCAAGCUUUUGAAUUUCUUCGUCAAAUGAAAAGCGAUGAUUUGAAGCCUAAUGUUGUAACAUAUAGCACAUUAAUUGAUUCUUUUUGCAAAGAAGGAAUGAUGCGAGAAGCUAUGAAAUUUUUUGUUGACAUGAGACGUCUCGCGCUGUCUCCCAAUGAAUAUACAUAUACUUCUCUGAUUGAUGCAAAUUGUAAAAGUGGAAACCUUGGUGAAGCUUCAAAAAUGGUAAAAGAGAUGGUAGAAGUUGGGCUUGACCUAAAUGUUGUAACUUGUACAGCUGUGAUGGAUGGCCUUUGUGAGAAAGGGAGGAUAGAAGAAGCAGAGGAGCUGUUUAAUAAUAUGCAGAAAGCUGGAAUAAUCCCAAACCAGAAAACCUACACUACCUAUAUUCACGGCUGCAUUAAAGCAGGUAAGAUUGAAAGAGCAAAAGAAAUCUUCGAAGCUAUGAAAAAGAAAGAGAUAAAGAUAGACGAGACUUUAUAUGGCACCCUUAUCUGGGGACUUUGCAAUGAAGGAAAACUUGAAGAAGCUAAAGUUGUAGUAACUGAAAUGAAGCAAAUUGGUCUUGAGGCAAAUGCCAUUCUGUUCACAACUCUGAUAGAUGCUUAUUUAAAAGCAGGGAAUGCCACACAAGCUCUUAAAUUGUUCCAGGAAAUGCGAGAAUUCAAUCUUACUCCUACACUAGUAACAUUCAUUGUAUUAAUUGAUGGUCUCUGCAAAUUGGGGAUGAUCCAGGAUGCAGUUGACCAUUUUCACAGAAUGGGAGCUAUGGGUUUACCACCUCAUAUUUCUGUCUAUACGUCUCUAAUUGAUGCUCAUUGUAAAAAAAAUUGCAUGGAAAUGGCCAAAAACCUUUUUGAUGAAAUGCAAGAAAAGGGGAUAGUUCCGGAUGCACCUGUCUUCACUGCUUUGAUCGAUGGAAACAUGAAGCAUGGAAAUAUUGAGGAAGUCUUUAGCUUAAUCAGCAAAAUGACCAGUUCUAGUUUGCAGCUGGAUUUGUAUGCUUAUACUUCUUUGUUACAGGCUUAUUUUAGAGCAGGGAAUGUCAAAGGAGCCCUUGAUCUGUUCCAUGAAAUGCAUAACUCAGGCAUUGCUCCCACACUUGUUACUUACACAGUGUUGAUUGACGGCAUGUGUAAAUCAGGAUCGGUUCAUGAUGCACUGGACCAUUUUCGUAGGAUGGAGAGUACUGGUUUGUCUGCAAAUGUCGUCAUUUAUACAGCUUUAAUAGAUGGUCUUUGCAAAAGCAGCUGCUUGGGGUUGGCUAGAGAGCUUUUUGAUGAAAUGGAAGCUAAGGGUUUGGUCCCAGAUGUGGCUGCUCUUACAGCUUUGAUCUCUGGCCAUGUGAAGCUUGGUAGCAUUGAGGAAGCAUUUAAGUUAAAGAACAAGAUGAUUGAUAUGGGUUUGGAGCUUGAUUUGCAGGCUUACACCUGUUUGAUUCAGAUGCUUGCUGACUUUGAUCAACUUGAAGAAGCGAGAAUGUUAUUUGAUCAGAUGAUCAUGAAGGGUAUUCGCCCUGACAAAGUUAUUUAUGGUAUAAUAGUUAGAAGAUAUUGUGACCAUGGAAAGGCUGAUGAGGCUGUAAAAUUGCAUAAUGAAAUGAUGAAGAGUGGUUUAUUGACUCGAGAUGAUAAUCUUACUACACAUGGCGCACAAUUACAGUAGUGGCAAUGCGGUCCUUGCGUCAACAUUUUAUGGGAUGUACUUUCUUGAAUCUUGAUUGAGAAUAUCAAGAAUUAUUGAAUUUGCAGCAAAGAAGCUAGCAUGAGUAAUAUGUGUUCAUGCUGCUGCUUCAGAUGGACCCUGAAUGCUGAUAAGAUCAGGUCUCUUGGUGUACAUUGGAAAAAAUUGAUCAUUGAGGUGCUAUGGAGAUUGUCACUUGAAUCCUUCCCAUGUUUAGCCAUAUGGCUUGGCAGUUGGCACUCGUAUCUCCAGAUGACAAAGAAAAUGUUGCCAGCCUUCUGACUUUUAAGAUAGCUCUGGAAGGAGCUCUAGGCACCACCAAUUAAUCACAAGGGAACUUUUAAUCUUUCAUAUUAUCAAGAGCAGUUGUUCUGCUGAAAGGAGAUGAGGGAAGAGGAUGGAAAAAUGCCACUGAAAACUCUCCUGAGACAAAACAGGCUGAAUUUAGGCUAGCAUGUUCCCGCGAACAUAAAGAACAGUGAUAUCACCUGCCUAGCUACCCUUACUUCCUCCAUCUUUAGAGGAGUGCUUUCCGAAUUCCUAGCUUGUAAUUAACUUGCCACUUCAUCUUUUGCCUACUCACCAAGCAGAGACUGGAAGAGUAGUUUGAUGGCUCACCUCUAGAAGACUAAUCAAGUAGAAAGUUGAUAGCAUUGUAACUAGAAUAAGAUCAAUCCUGCAAUAUUGCAUUCCGCUAACCAAGACCUCAGGGGAUUCGAUGUACAUAGCAUUGUUGGUAAAGAAACUAUUUCCUAAAGAGCAAUGAGCUACACUAUGCCAAAAAUUAUUCAUCCUUCUAUAAUUUGCAAGAGAAUAUCGCCUCUGUACAUUUAGUAACGUGCUUGUUUUUGUUCUAAUAUCGCACUUUGGAGCACUUGGUUUUCCUUGAUGAUAUA